CGAGGUCAGUGCUGUGCCGCGCGAGCUCCUGGACAGGGUGGACCUCGCCGCUCCCGGGUGGUGGUGGUGUUGCUAGCGUUGAGAAAGAAAGAGUGAGUGUGGUUCCUCCCUGACACGUGCACCAUGGAGUACCAAAACGACCAGCAGGAGUACAUGGAGCCCGAGGAGGAGUGGGAGCGGGAAGGGCUUUUGGACCCCGCCUGGGAGAAGCAACAGAAAAAGACCUUCACUGCCUGGUGCAACUCACACCUGCGGAAGGCGGGCACCCUCAUCGAGAGCAUCGAGGAGGAGUUCAGGAAUGGCCUCAAGCUCAUGCUGCUGCUGGAGGUCAUCUCCGGCGAGACUCUCCCUAAGCCAGACCGCGGCAAGAUGAGGUUCCACAAGAUCGCCAACGUCAACAAAGCUCUCGACUUCAUCGCCAGCAAGGGAGUCAAGCUCGUCUCCAUCGGCGCUGAAGAGAUCGUGGAUGGCAACCUUAAGAUGACUCUGGGUAUGAUCUGGACCAUCAUCCUGCGCUUCGCCAUCCAGGACAUCAGCGUGGAGGAGAUGACGGCCAAGGAGGGGCUGCUGCUCUGGUGCCAGCGCAAGACGGCGCCCUACAAGAACGUCAAUGUUCAGAACUUCCACACGUCCUUCAAGGAUGGCUUGGCCUUCUGUGCGCUCAUCCACCGACACAGGCCAGACCUGCUUGACUACUCCCAGCUCUCCAAGGACGACCCUCUGCACAACCUCAACCUGGCCUUCGACAUUGCAGAGAAGCACCUCGAUAUCCCCAGGAUGUUGGACCCUGAUGACCUGGUCAACACCCCGAAGGCCGACGAGAGGGCCAUUAUGACCUACGUCUCUUGCUACUAUCAUGCCUUCCAGGGGGCUCAGCAGGCGGAGAUGGCUGCCAACCGCAUCUGCAAGGUCCUCAAGGUCAACCAGGAGAACGAGAGGCUGAUGGAGGAGUACGAGCGCCUCACCUCCGACCUGCUGGAAUGGAUCCGCCGCACCCUGCCUUGGCUCCAGGCCCGCCAGCCCGACAACACCCUGGCUGACCUGCAGAAGAAGCUGGAGGAGUACCGCCUCUACCGCCGCAACCAUAAGCCCCCGCGUGUGGAGCAGAAGGCCCGUCUGGAGACCAACUUCAACACCCUCCAGACUAAGCUGAGGCUGUCCAACCGCCCGGCCUACCUGCCCUCCGAGGGAAAGAGCGUCACAGACAUCGCCAACGCCUGGAAGAACCUCGAGGGUUGUGAGAAGUCCUUUGAGGAAUGGCUGCUGUCUGAGAUGAUGAGGCUGGAGAGGCUGGAGCAUCUGGCCAAGAAGUUCAAGCACAAAGCACAGAUCCACGAGAGCUGGACCCAGGGCAAGGAGGAGAUGCUCAAGAGCCAGGACUUCCGCCACUGCAAGCUGAACGAACUCAAGGCUCUCAAGAAGAAGCACGAGGCCUUUGAGAGUGACCUUGCAGCCCACCAGGACCGCGUUGAGCAGAUCGCAGCCAUCGCACAGGAGCUCAACGCCCUCGACUACUAUGACUCGGCCACCAUCAACACCCGCUGCCAGUCCAUCUGCGACCAGUGGGACCGUCUCGGCACCCUCACCACCUCUCGCCGCAAUGCACUCGAGGAGACUGAGAAGCUGCUGGAGAAGAUCGACCAACUGCAUCUGGAGUUUGCCAAGAGAGCAGCACCCUUCAACAACUGGCUGGACGGAGCUUGUGAGGACCUGGUGGACAUGUUCAUCGUGCACACCAUCGAGGAGAUCCAGGGACUCAUCGACGCCCACAACCAGUUCAAGGCCACGCUGGGGGAGGCCGACAAGGAGUACCAGGCCAUCACUACCCUGGUCACUGAAGUCCAGCACACCGCCCAGAAGUACCAGAUCCCCGGCGCCCUGGACAACCCCUACACGACCCUCACAGCACAGGUCAUCACCAACAAGUGGGGAGAGGUGCGCAAGCUUGUGCCCCAGCGUGAUGCUACCCUGCAGGCUGAACUCAAGAAGCAACAGAACAACGAAAGUCUUCGCCGCCAGUUUGCCGAGAAGGCCAAUGGUGUCGGCCCAUGGAUAGAGAAGCAGAUGGAUGCUGUUGCUGCUAUUGGAAUGGGCAUGCAUGGCUCAGUGUUGGAGGACCAGCUGAACCGCCUCAAGGACUACGAGAACGCUGUCAUCGGCAACAAGGCAAUCAUGGAUGAGAUGGAGAAGAUCCACCAGUCCGUGCAGGAGUCUAUGGUGUUUGAGAACAGGUACACCCAGUACACCAUGGAAACCCUGCGUGUGGGCUGGGAGCAGCUUCUCACCUCCAUCAACCGCACCAUCAACGAGGUGGAGAACCAGAUCCUGACUAGGGACUCCAAGGGCAUCAGCCAGGAGCAGCUCAACGAAUUCCGCUCCUCCUUCAACCACUUCGACAAGAACAGGUGCGGACGGUUGACUCCUGAUGAGUUCAAGUCUUGCCUCAUCUCUCUGGGCUACUCCAUCGGCAAGGACAGGCAGGGCGAGAUUGACUUCCAGCGCAUCAGCAGCAUCGUGGAUCCCAACACCACCGGCUACAUCCAAUUCGACGCCUUCCUGGACUUCAUGACGAGGGAGAAUGUGGACUCCGACACGGCAGAACAGGUCAUUGACUCCUUCAGGAUCCUGGCUGGGGACAAGCCUUACAUCCUGCCCGAGGAGCUGCAGAGGGAGCUUCCACCAGACCAGGCCGAGUACUGCAUCCAGCGUAUGCAGCCCUACAGCGGCCCCAAUGCCCCCAGGGAUGCUCUCGACUACAUGUCCUUCUCAACAUCCCUCUACGGCGAGAGUGACCUGUAAACCCCCCGACCCAGCCUGAUGUGACCCGCCGCUUCCGUCACCAUCCUGCCAGAGAGGGUAGUGAAGAAAAAGGCUCUGCUAGAUAUGUUUAUUUGGCCUUUGAGAGUGCAUCAUCUCCGAGUCCUGUCUUCAAUAUGCUACUACUCUCUGUCCAGGUGUGGUGGUGAUGGCGGUGGUGGUAGUGACAGUGAAGGCUCUUGUAUAAUCUUUCUUAAAAUUUGUAAGCUUCAGAUGCUGACAAUGUGACACCUGCGACCCCUUACUCUGUUGACCCUUCCCGACUCCUCCGAUUGGCGAUCAUUGGCUUGUAGAUGACCUUGUUUUUACUCUUUAUUUUGUUUGUGUACCUUUUUUUCACAUGGGGGAAGGAGAAAUGGGAAAAAAUUAUUAGUUUGGUAAUUCUAUGGAUCCCUUAUACCUCAUUAUAUUAUUAGUUUUGAGGACUAUAAGAAGUGUUUUAACCUUUUACUUCUAACUCUUAUUAGCAUCUGAAGCAAGGUACUGUAGGCAUUUUAUUGGUUUGGAGUUCAAUCCAGACUCUUCAAUCUUUCUUUCUCCAGUGUAAGUGGGGGUUUUGGGGUUACCACUCAGUAUUGGUGCCGUGCUGAACUCUGCACAAAGGAAGAAAAACAACCACCCAAAUGAACCGAGAAGCUGCGGCAGCGAACGAACAUUAAAGAAUAACGAUUACCCCUCUUUUUGUUACUGAUACUUCUCUGUGGUGCUUCAGGGGUGAGGGGUGGGGGAUGGAGGGGAGGAAAGAACAACCUUCGAGACAUGUGCUAACUCUGCUCCCCACCUUCUUCCCCCUAAUCUGUCCCCUCUCCAGGCUGGGUACAUCACUUUCCCCCCCAGCACCACCUCUCACUUCUCCCCAUCCACACACACACACACACAUACACACUUGUAUGUACGAACACUGCCGCCAAAAGUGCCUCUUAUCCCCUCCCUCCCAAGCGUGUCUGGCCUUCCCGUGUCUGUCUGUCUGUUUGUUUCUGUAUAUUGACUGGCACAUGAACCUGCCACUGAGUUUGCCACACCACACUGAACACCUUGCCUUGAUCCCCCGGCUGCCCAACACAACACAACACAUAAAGGACGAGUCAACAACAAGAUGAAGCAAGUAGAAAGACUCGUCCUUUUGCAUCAUCACUACAACAUCAAACUAAUGGUGACAGUAUUAAGUUGCAAAUACAAAAGAGCAAUCAUGUAGAUGGUACUUGGUUUCAGACGAUCAGUAUUACCUCUCAGCUUAUUUCUGCCUCUUCUGAAGGUGAAAAUAGUUGCUGAUGUUAUGACAGGAUGUGCCUUCCGUAGCUAGAGCUGACUGCAAGAGUAUCCCAUUUUCCCGAGUCAGCAGCAGCAGCAGCAAGGGUGAAGGGCAUUCCCGUGGUGUGGCAGGGCACCGCAGGGCCAUGUGCUGUCUUGGCGUAACCCAGGAAUCUAGUCUGUGACGCUGUGGCCGCCUGUAAGCUGCUUUCUCUGUAAAUACAAAUACGUACUGUCCUUUCCUCCUCUCUCCUGCUAAUAUAAUUUGUCAUAGGGCAUGUGAUGUGUAUAUUACCACUAUAUCCUAUGUUUGCUACACUGCUGUUUUUUUUUCGUUUUUUUUCACCCAUAGAGUAUUGUGUCUUAUGUUGAAGUUUAAUCAAAGUUUUGCCGACGGCUGAGGGACCCUCGCCGGCCUCCUCAGUUGAAUAAACGAUGCGCCUUACUUGUGUAAGCUCCUGUAGGCACACUGCAGUCAUAUUUCUUGCGUCCAUUUCUUGACAAAUCCUCUGUAAUUAUCGCGUUUAUUUAUUGUUACUGGCAACAAUUGAUGGCUAGGAAUCAAAUGACGGGCUAAUUAUUAUUUUUUAAUGUCAAACUACGAAAUCUUGUACUUGUUCCUGUGAGACCAACCAAAUAAACAUUAAUAAAACAAA